GGGAGUGACUCACGCAUGCGUACCAAAGCCUCGUUUAUUUUUGCCAGGGCCAAGUGUAAGCUGAAAAACAAAGGCAGUGAAGCGCGGCCGGGAAAUGUCAUCAGUCUUUGUUAAUGGAGAGAAACAGACGCCUGACAAUCGAUAGUCGUAUUUUCUGAGGAGCGAGAGGAAGCUGCGCGCUCUUCGUGAGUGGACAACACUUGAGAUUUGGCUGCAGUUUCAAUUUGCUUUCGUGAAUCCACAGGUCUUUCGCCUUUUUUGCUUGUGGAUGUGUCGGUUUAACUACGUUUGAGUCAAAGGAGAGCUACAAUAGAACGUGCGCUAGACUGAUCCACGAAUUGUGAGCCAUUUUCCCCGCGAAUGAGGUAAUGUUGUUUAAGUAGAUUGUUCCUGAAUGGCGACAGGGGGCUUUCCGGAAGUCUGGUAUGCGCAGAUUACCUCAUAAAGUUGUUGAUGCUUGUGGAGAGUUUCUGAUAACCACCCCAGAUUUUUUUUUUCCUACUAUUUUUUUGGUAAAGUUAGUUGCGCACGUGUCCACCGAAGAGCGGCGCUGUCCGUGGUGCUGAAAUCGUUUCCAAAUCCCCCCCCAUCUGGAUUUGAGUUAAAAAGAGACAACUGGACUAAUUAGCCUUGAAACAGCUAAGAGCAAAUACCAACAGCUCCACAAAGGGCUGAAUAUGCUCACCCAUCUGCACACUAUCACAUUUAUGCUUUAUUUUGUGCAUCUGAGCCAUCAAGUGUGUGUGGAUGUCCCAUCAGAUACAGAGGCAGUCUUGGGCCAGUCCAUGAGAUUGACCUGCAUUGACUGUAUGAAGAGAGAAGAGGUCAAAGCCAUAACCACUGUGGACUGGUACUACAUGCCCAAUGAGACCUGGAGCAGAAUUCUUAUUUUCACAUAUCCUGUUAAGGCCUCCAAAGACCUGGAGAGUCCCUUUAAAGGGCGCCUGGUGUGGAAUGGGAGUCAGGACUUGCAAGAUUUGUCCAUUCGGAUCCAAAAUGUGUCAUUUACUGACAGUGGAUUUUACCAGUGCAGAGUCCGCCGGGAGUUUCAGUUCGACUACUUCACUCCCACUGCCUUAAACAUUAUAAACAUCUCCCUAACGGUGAUAGAGAAAGCCAGUGAAGACCCCACUGCCCUCUAUUCAGAGAUCAUGAUGUAUGUGCUGCUGGUGUUUCUGACCUUCUGGCUGCUAGUGGAGAUGGUGUAUUGUUACCGGAAGAUUUCCAAGUCCGAUGAGCAGGCACAGGACACAGCGACAAACUACCUAGCCAUUCCGUCUGAGCAGAAAGACACUACAGCCGCUCCUGUUACAGAGUAAACCUGGUAUUUGAUUUCAGUCUCUCCCAUUACUAUCCCAUGAGUAAAGUUCACCCACUUUCCCUUCAGCCGCUUUGUAGAUACUUGUACCAUUGUUAUUUUACAUCCUUAUGUCCCCUUUCAUGUCCUGCAAAGACCUUCAUGAAGCCGUCUGCCAAGCCUCCAUAAAAUACAUAUUCAUUAACUGUGCAGCAUAUUUCAGACAUGUAAGGGAAAAGAGUAUGUAUAUUGGAUUGGUGAUUAUGGCCAAUAAGGCUUCUCUGUCUUGCUGCUGGCCUAUUAUGAGCUAUUAGUUACAGAUACAGCUUUCAUCAUCAGAAAAUGCUUUGUUUGCCCCAUUGUAACCAGGAAGUGAUAUCAGUAUGUCAGUGAGAAUUCCUCAUAGAUAUAUGCCAUGGCCACCCCAUACACCUCUGCAUGUUGUCUCAGGACCUUCAUACACAUUUCCAGGAAAAUCAUGUCAUGCUGUCACUUUCCACAAUAUUUUACAACAAUAUUUGAUGUGCACCUGUUGAUUUAAACAGCAAAAACAGAGAUCCAUUGUUCUAUUUUACAACUGAUAUAUUUCAGUCUAUGCUUGUAAGAUUUGAUUAUUGUUUUACACCUUGCUAAAUACAUGAAUUAACAAUUAGUGAUAUAUGAAUGCCAACAUAGUUUUUACUAUCAUGGUAACAGCAUACAUGCACUUUCAAAUAUUAUUUACCUGAUCUCUUCUUGCAUAGGUACUGACCAAUGGGAGCGCUGAUGUGACUUGAAAGUCAGAGUUCACGUGUCCUUAUCAUCACCCCAGCAAGGCUUUCAUUUCCACUCUGAGUGGUUGAGCCCUGCAAGCCAUCCUCCCCUGUGUGCGCCCGUCUUGUGAAGAGCCAGUCAGACAUGUCCAAGUACUCCAUUUCGUCUCCUUCUCAUCCUUUAUAUUUUACCUUCAUGCCAAGAAUUUGAAAUCAAGUGCUUUGUCCAAUACCUCCAGCUUAAGGGGGAGAACUGUCAUUGUAAUGCAUUUCAUAUCAGAAUAGCUCGAGCCAAGUUAACUUUUCUGAUCCGCUAGUGCUUAGUACAUUUCCUUAGCGUGCCUCAAUAAGUACAACGUGAUGAAUAUCAUAAUGGAAAUGAUCCGAGGUCAGCUGUGUAGUGCAGUCAAGGCUCUCGUACUUGACUGUUGCUCCUUUAUAUAAUCUUACAUUUUAUAUGUGUUAUUUUUGGUAAUUUUUUUUCUUUUUAUACGUCUUUGUAAGAAUAAUGAAUUAGAUAGCUUUUUACUGUAUGGAUGUGCAUUUCUCCAUCAAUUAAACUUGUACACAGUGUUACCUUAAAACUAAAUACCAUGAUGACAAUCAGUGUAUUUGUCUUAUGACUUUCCUGAAGCUUUUGCUACUUCUAAAUAUGUGCCUACCACUGUUUAUGGUUUCCACUGUAGAAACGGAUCCUGUUAUUGUUUAUCGCUGUAUCCUGUGUGAGUGAGCUUGUAUAAACCUAUUAAACAAAGUGCAUUCCA